AUGUAAGAACUUUUUGGAUCAUAAACAUAGUUCUGUUUUUUUUUUUUGGUUAAAAACAAUUUAUUAAAAUCUUAUUUAUUUAUUUAAUUUCUUUUCGUUCAUUCUAAGUUUAUUUAUUUAUUGAUAAUUAAAUAUCUUUAUUUUUUGUUUAUUAUUUGCAUUUUAAAAAAAUUCAACAUAAAAGGAAGGUUUGUUUUAUUUUAAAAAAUGCACGAUGAUAUAACAGAAGUAUUUGAAAGUUUGAAAGAACUUAUUAAUGAUGAUAAAUCUUAUAGAGAAUAAUUGACUCUUAAAAAAAAGUAAAUUGAUUCUGAUUAAAUAGAAGAUUUAAUUCUAGGAAUUUCCAAAUACAAAAAUCUUAAAUCUCUGACAUUAAAUAUUGAAAAACAUAGAUUUGGCUCUGAAAAAGUUUACAAAAUACUACAAGAAAUACCAUCGUUAUGCCCCAAUUUAAAUUAUUUAAAUUUGAAUUUAGACGAUAAUUUGUUAAAAGACAUUGGCAGCUCUAAGUUAGGAUAAGCUUUAGGAUAACUAUUUUUUAAUUUGACAUCUUUAACUUUGUUUUUUAAAAAAAAUUCUAUCUAAGAAAUUGGUUCUUCUGGAAUUGGUAUUGGGAUUGGCUAGUGCCUGAACUUAGAAUAUUUAUCAUUGGAUUUUGAAUUAAAUAUUAUAGGAGAUAGUGGGGUAAAAGGUCUUGCACUUGGAUUAUCUGAAUGCAUCAAUCUAAACUAGCUUAUUUUGUGUUUAGAUGGUAACAAAAUAGGAGACUCUGGAGCAAAAUCUCUUGGAGAAGGAAUUUCUACUUUGAAAAACUUAAAGUUUUUAAAUAUUUUCAUGAUGUAAAAUAAAGUAAGAUGUAAAGGCUUAAUAGGAUUGAGUCAAGGGAUAUCUAAAUGCACCAAUUUAAAUUCUUUAUUUCUUCAUUUAAUGAUGAAUGAGAUCAAAUAUGAAGGGUUAGGUAUUUUCACCAGAAGCAUUAUUAAAUGUUCAAAACUUAGCUUUUUGUUUAUUUCACUUUAUAUGAAUAAAAUUGAAGCUUACAAUUUAAAUGAAUUGAGAAAAGUUAAAAAAUUAAAAAGACUUGUCAGAAGUUUUAUAUUAUUCUGA